AUGAGAAGAGCACAUGUCUGCCUUAUUAUUCGAUUAAGUGCAAAAUUAUUUAAUUUACAGUCGGUUGAUCGGAAUGAGAUCUUUCUUCUUGAUAACGGUGAGCUACUCCUUCUUCUUGUCGGAUGUGGACCCGAUGUACCAUCGACAGCUGCUCAGCCACAAUCCUCCACCGUGCUUCAAGCUCUUCUUGGAAUCCGCUCCCCUUCAGAUCUGCCGCCUAAAGGUGGGCCAAUUGGUUUGCCCUGCCGCCCGGCCUUGCUGGCUGCAUCUACUUAUGAUGGAGGUGGAACCAAUAUCAGCGACGCCAGCCCUUUAAUUAAACUAGGCGAUAGCCAGGUGAUUGAUAGCAGACCUACUAGUCACUUAGAUCAAAUAUCAAGACGUCGGCUACACAGCCUAGUUGAUUUGUUACAACGCCGCCGGCCUAUUUCCAACUGCCUCGUAUGUAUGCGACACGAUGCUCCAAUGGGACUUCGCACUCGUUUCUUGUCUGCCUUAGUUGAAGAUAAAACGGAAGCAGCGCCUUCAUAUAGAGAAUUCCUGCAAAUGAUACGUCGUACAUUAAAACUAUAA